AUGUCCUCUACUUCCCAAGGUGUAGAGCAUAUUGUACUUUUCAAAGUCAAAGAAAACACAGAAUCAUCAAAAGUUAACACCAUGAUCAAUGAGCUUCAAAAUUUAGUUACAAUUGAACAAGUUCGCCACCUCACCUUUGGUCCAAUUCUAAACAAUAAUGAACACACCACAUCAACUAUACCUUUUUCAGAUCUUCGUUACACUCAUUUGUUGCAUAGUCGUUAUGACUCAAAGGAGGAUCUUCAAAUAUACAACGCUCACCCUACCCACCUCAACGGCGUAAGAAACUUCGCACUCCCUAUUCUCGACGACCUCUUAGUCAUCGAUUGGAUUGCGGGGGAAGUUGCUCUUCCCCCGCAUCCUUCACCGGGGACUGCUUUUCGUGUGAGUUUCUUGAAACUCAAGGACGAAAAGAACGGUGAAGUUAAGGAGGAGGUUUUUCGGGCUAUCCAAGGUAUCAAGGAGAGUGUUGGAGGAGUAAGUUAUGUCUCUUACGGCGAAAAUAUAUCGCCGGAGAGGGCGAAGGGCUUCACCAUUGCUUCCCUAGUCGUUUUUCCGGGACGGGAGGAGUUGGACCGUGUGGACCCCAGUGAGGGUUUGAUUAAGGUUAAGGAGCAUUUGGAAAGUGUGCUUGUGGUUGAUCAUGUGGUUCCAUUAUGGAAGUAG